AUGCGAUACAACGCCCGAAUCGCAGAAAAUCAAGGAGUAUUGGAGAGUCCUCUACCUCAGCCGUCUCAUAUGUUUGCAUGUGGGAUCACAUUGUUAGCGAAUGAGAACUUACCACCAAAACCAAAAAAUCAAAUAUUGAUUACGACUGAACUGAGAACAACAGAAGCCGAUGCACGUAACGCAGCCGCACGAACAAUGAUCAAAAUAUUUCGUAUUGGUCAUAAAACACAAAAUAGACCAGGAGUGAAAUGUCAAGUCGUUAUGAAAGAGCCUUCUUAG